CACACUGACGUGCUUACACACACAUUCAUGUGCGCCACAAACAAAUACACAAACUCACUCACUAAAAUACCAUACCACACAUACAGAUACACUCUGUGAGUCAUCACGCUGCUGUUCUCCACUUCUCUAUCGGCUGGAGCUGGCAGCUCUGAGUGAAUCUAGGCGAAAACCAAGUCGCUGCUAUUUUUAGCCCCACGAUGGUGGGGAUGGAUAAACGAAUGGACAGGAGCUGGGCACACAGAGGAGGGUAGAGAAGAUGGCAGGAACUGGGCAGCAUUGGGCUAUAUCUCAGCCAACUUCGCAAAGCUGCUAGAGAAACUGACAAAGUGACAGUUCCUCUGGAUUUAUCCUUCUGACAAAGUGACAGUUCCUCUGCAUUUAUCCUUCUGACAAAGUGACAGUUCCUCUGGAUUUAUCCUUUUGACAAAGUAACAUUUCCUCUGGAUUUAUCCUUCUCACAAAGUGACAGUUCCUCUGGAUUUAUGCUUCUCACAAAGUGACAGUUCCUCUGGAUUUAUCCUUCUCACAAAGUAACAUUUCCUCUGGAUUUAUCCUUCUCACAAAGUGACAGUUCCUCUGGAUUUAUCCUUCUCACAAAGUGACAGUUCCUCUGGAUUUAUCCUUCUCACAAAGUGACAGUUCCUCUGGAUUUCUCCUCCUCACAAAGUGAAAGUUCCUCUGGAUUUAUCCUUCACAUUUGACCAUUUGUUAGGUUUCUUUAGAUUGUUCCUGUGUUAUGCCCCGUGCUGGAAUGUAGCCUGGCUACAGGAGCUCAGGAAGUUUUCCUUUUCCCGGGAUUGGGAACGGGAUCGUUGGAGCGCUCUCUCAGCGUUCCCUCUCCGGGGAAUCCUGUUGCUCUGAUACUGUCAGGCCACAGAAGCAGGUGUCUCUGAAGAUUUCAAAAAAAUACUCUCUCUCACACAGAAUUCGGGAUGCGGCGUUUCGACAAGCUCAAAAUGUCGUUCCCUUUCCUGGCACACUUCCAUGUGUACAGAAAGCUGGGCCGUAGCAUGCAGUCUGAGGAGGGCACAGAAUGGCUCCUGGAGCUGCUGAUGGAGGUGCAGCUGCAGCAGUACCUUUUGCGUAUCCGUGACGACCUUAACGUGACGCUCAUCUCCCACUUCGACUACGUCAAGAACGAGGACCUGGAGAAGAUCGGAAUGGGGCGGCCCGGGCAGAGACGGCUGUGGGAGGCAGUCAAGAGGAGGAAAGCCAUGUGCAAGCGCAAGUCCUGGAUGAGCAAGGUGUUCAGCGGGAAGCGGCCGGACGGCGGGGACUUCCAGCAGGCGGCCCCCACCUCCUCCUUCCGCAAGCUGUCCCCUACGCCGCCCCCCCAGCAGCAGGCACUCAGCUGUCUGAUCAGUGAGAAGGACCUGGUCCUCUUCCAGAAGCUGGGCGAAGGCUCCUUCGGCGUGGUCAAAAGGGGCGAGUGGUUCACGCCCGCUGGGAAAGUGUUGGAGGUAGCAGUGAAGUGUUUAAAGACAGACGUUCUGAGUCAGCCGGACGCACUGGACGACUUCAUCUGCGAGGUGAACGCCAUGCACUCCCUGGAUCACCAGAACCUCAUCAGGCUGUACGGGGUGGUGCUCACACGUCCCAUGAAGAUGGUGACUGAACUAGCCCCACUGGGCUCCCUGCUGGACCAUCUGCGCUGCGUUCCGACGCAGGGCCCCGUCCUCAUCCACACGCUGUGCCAGUACGCCGUGCAGGUGUCGUGCGGCAUGGCCUACCUGGAGCAGCGGCGCUUCAUCCACCGCGACCUGGCCGCCCGCAACAUCCUGCUGGCGUCGGCCGAGACGGUGAAGAUCGGCGACUUCGGCCUGAUGCGAGCGUUGCCCAACAACCACGAGCACUACGUGAUGCAGGAGCACCGCAAGGUGCCGUUCGCCUGGUGUGCCCCUGAGAGCCUGAAGACACGGACGUUCUCCCACGCUACAGACACCUGGAUGUUUGGGGUGACGCUUUGGGAGAUGUGUACCCACGGACAGGAGCCCUGGCUGGGCCUCAACGGCAGCCAGAUCUUACACAAGAUAGACAAGGAGGGUGAGCGUCUGCCCAAGCCAGAGGACUGUCCUCAGGACCUCUACAACGUCAUGUUGCAGUGCUGGGCCCAGAAACCUGACGACAGGCCCACAUUCCUCGCCCUCAGGGAGUUCCUGCUCGAGACCAUGCCAACAGACAUGUGCGCGCUGCAGGACUUUGAAGAGGCUGACAAGCUUCAGAUUCAGGUCGACGACGUCAUCACCAUCAUCGAGGGCAGAGCGGAGAACUACUGGUGGCAGGGCCAGAACAAACGCACGCUGAAGGUGGGCCAGUUCCCCAGGAACGUGGUGACCUCCGUUGCGGGCCUGUCGGCCCACGACAUCAGCAGACCCCUUCAACACAGCUUCAUCCACACUGGCCAUGGAGACUCCGACCCACACCGCUGCUGGGGAUUCCCAGACCGCAUCGACGAGUAA